UAAAAGUCACAAGCGUUCGACGAAUAUCUACGGAUUUGUCUUGUUGCCAAAUGACAAUAACGACCAUACCUUUUCCAGACAAGUGCAACUACAAUAUCCAGUCUAUCGCUGUUCCUGGCACCAAAUGCCCUGGUCAAACCGCCCACUAUCGGAAUGCAUUCUAUGGUCUUGUGGACGUCAACGUCCUGCCAACACUUCCUGACGUUUUUGACAACGGUUACAAUAUCAAUCCGGACUGUAGACUCCUCGGUCACCGUCCGUUAGUAUCAACCAAUCCGCUCAAAUUCGGCCCUUAUGUGUGGCAGACGUACAAGCAGGUGGAUGGUCGCAGGCGUCGCAUCGGCAGUGCUCUGCACAGGUUAUUCUCACAAGGUGAACUGCAGGGUGAGGACCUCGAAACCGUUGGUAUAUGGUCACAGAAUAGACCAGAAUGGCAACUCGUUGAACUCGCUCUACAUGCUUACAACAAAGUCGGGGUUGGUCUUUACGAUACCCUUGGCAAGGAUUCUGUAGAAUAUAUUAUCAAUCAUGCGCAUCUUAGUAUCAUCUUCACUACGGUCGACCACAUACCUGCGCUACUGAAACUAGCUCCCAAGGUUGCAGCCAUGAAAAUGAUCGUGUCCUUCGACAGUUUGAGUCCAGAUGCCCGCAAAGCCUUAGUGGCUUGGGGAGAGACUGUUGGUGUGCAGGUCAAAGAAUUUUCGGAAUUUGAAAAGUAUGGUGAAGAGCACCUGAUAUCGCCAUUACCCGUUUCACCCGAUACAGUUGCAUCACUAUGCUAUACUUCAGGCACUACAAGCCAACCCAAAGGCGUGGUACUUACUCAUGGGAACCUUGCAUCGUCCGCAUAUUCCAACAUGUUUGGUAUGGACUAUCCCCCAAAUGGCAGCGUUCUCUCUUACUUGCCGUUGGCUCACAUUUAUGAGCGUGUGGUCGAACUCACAACCUUGGCAAUUGGUGGAUGUAUCGGGUUUUCCACUGGCGAUAACUUGCGUCUCCUUGAAGAUGCGCAGAUGCUAAAGCCUCACUUCUUUCCAGCUGUACCUCGUGUAUUAAAUCGAGUCUAUCAGUCUGCUAUGGCUGCUGGCAAUGUCCCUGGACUGAAGGGCGCUCUCUUCCGGGCAGCUGUGCGGGCAAAACUCGACCAGUAUCAUGCCACAGGUGUCAGUACCCAUCCAUUCUGGGAUGCCCUUGUCUUCCGGAAGGUUCGUGCGGUCCUUGGCGGAAACCUGCUGCUUGUUAGCACAGGCUCUGCACCUAUCAGUGCCGAGGUCAUCGAUUUCCUGAAGAUCGCACUCUUCUGCGAAAUUACAGAAGGCUACGGAAUGACUGAGAACUGUGGUGUCUGUACACAUACAUUCAAGGCGGACCCUGAUUGUGGGGGAACCAUUGGUCCUCCUCAGCCCGUGAACGAAUUGAAGUUGGUUGACGUGUCUUCCAUGAACUACACAGUCGAGGACAAGCCCAAUCCUCGAGGUGAACUCUGUGUUCGUGGUCCCAAUUGUUUCACGAGGUAUUAUAAGGACGAGAAAAAUACUCGGGAGACCUUGAAAGACGGUUGGAUCCACACCGGCGAUGUUGCCGAGGUCGACCCGCAAGGCCGAUUCAAGAUUGUUGACCGCGUCAAAAAUAUCAUGAAACUUUCACAAGGCGAAUACGUUGCUCUCGAGAAAGUUGAGAACAUGUAUGUUGCAUGUCCACUCGUGCAGCAGAUCUUUGUCCAUGGCGAUUCUAUGCAAUCGUACCUACUGGCUGUGCUCGUCCCGGACCCAGUGGCUCUGGCUCCAUUAGUGUCCACGGUUCUCGGCGAGAAAAUAACGUCUGAUGACAUCCCAGCACUGGAGAAAGCUAUCAAGGACCCCCGAGUGGUAGCUCAGGUCCUCACCGUUCUCAAUAAAGAGGCGAAGAAGAAUCGUUUGGCUGGGUAAGAAGACUUGGAUCUCUGAAUAGGGCACGCUGACUAGCUUCAAUAGAUUUGAGACGAUCAAGCGUCUCCACAUUAGCUUGGAUCCGUUUUCCAUCGAGGAUAAUACCUUGACUCCGACCUUCAAGGUCCGCCGUAAGGAUGCAUUUGCGAAAUAUGCAACACAGUUGCAGGCACUAUACGCUCUUGGAGAGCCAAACGGCGACUCCAGUAAGCUAUAGGUCAAGUGCCUAAGCACCUCCAACCAUCUACGUAGUAUUUACUUGUCGAUAUACAAUUAUGCUUUUGUGUAUUUGAUAACGCAAUCAGGAAGACUCGAACAUAU